AUGUCCUUGGUGGAGUGUGUGAUGGGGCAUUGGGGUACCCAGGAUCGGCAGAGUGGAGGCGCAGACAAACUGGAAUCGGACGGAGACAUGGGAGGACCCAGCGACAUUUGCAGCAACAAUGAUGAAAACUUUGCACCACCGUCAAGGUGUCAAUCCGCCAUUCCCUCCCAGAGCAUUCCAAUAUGCAACAUGAAGCGCACCCCGUCUGAGAUUCAGCUGAGGGAGGAUGAGGCCUUGGCGGACUAUAGAGACUGGGUCUUUUACUUGCGGUUGGUCAAUGGCAUGAGCGUGGAUGCUCGGCGUACCAUCAAUGACAGCUUUCGGCGGUGCACUGAUCAAUGUCUUGCCAACAUUAUGCGGACUCGUAACCUUCCUGUCAAAGACGAAUCAUCCUAUGCUAUUAGUGGAGAUGCGCACAACAAGAAAGAAGUCAGCAAAAGGCUUUUCUUGGGACCAGCAACAGUGCUUCCUGUAUCCAUAGAAGAUGUGGAUGUGGACAGAGAAGAGGGGAUCUUCGUGAUGGACAUGUAG